CAGGAAAUUCUCUACCGUUUAGUUUUAUUGUUAAUUUAUAAAAUAUAUGUUACUAUUGAUCAAUAAAUCAUCUAAAAAAUAGAACUCUUCUGUCUUAUUUUCAUUGUAUUACAUCCUGAAUAAAUCUAUGGUUUCCUAUGUAUUGUUUGCUACUUAUAUAUACACGAACAACUGACAAUUUUCUAUUGUUGAGCAGGAUCAUCGCACGAUCAACAAAUUCGAAUUCAACUUAAAGAAUUACAGAUGAAGAUCGCACCAAAUUUCGGUAUUCCAUUAGGAAUAUGCAUCGUAUUAGUGUCAUUCAUUCAGAGCCAAAGUGUGCCCAUCCGCAACAAAUUUAUAGGGAAAACAAUAAGAGUUCUAAAUAAAACUGUUGACGCAUAUUUUGGCAUACCAUUUGCAACUCCUCCGGUUGGAAAGUUGAGAUUUCGUGCACCUCGACCUCUUAGAAAUAAAGAUACUCCAUACAAUGCAACACGAAAACCUCCUUCCUGCAUGCAAGACUCGCCGUAUGUUAUCCUCGAAUGGAUCGAUCGUUAUCCAAAAGAUCUCAGCGAAGAUUGCCUCUAUCUCAAUAUUUGGGUUCCCACUUCUAAACCGGAUAAACCAUUCGCCACUAUGGUUUGGAUUUAUGGAGGAGCAUUCAUUCUUGGAUCCAGUAAUAUGAAUAUUUACGAUGGUGCAGUUAUAACGGCCGUAGGGGAUGUCAUUGUAGUGUCUUUCAAUUAUCGCUUAAGUUCCUUUGGAUACGCAAAUUUUAAUGAAGAAGAUGCUCGAGGAAAUAUGGGAAUGUUAGAUCAAGUCAUGGUUUUGAAAUGGAUUCGUGAAAACAUAGAGAUUUUCGGUGGUGAUAAAGAUUUGAUAACUAUUUUUGGUGAAAGUGCAGGAGCUAUUUCUGCAGCACAUCAUUUAAUCUCACCUCUGACUAAAAGAUUAUUCAAGCGAGCAAUCUUGCAAAGUGGAAGCAAUUACCUUGACUACUUUGCUGUUAAUCCAGCUUUUAAUAUAAGAGUAACUUCUAAGCUCGCUCAGGAAGUAGGAUGCGACAGACAUAAUAUGCUUAAAUGUAUGCAAGAUAUGGAUGCUUCUAAAUUAGCAGCUGCAGAGAAAGUAAUCCAGAAACGUAAGAACGUAUUCAUGCUUUUCCAUCCACAAAUGAGUCCUCCAUUUCUAUCAGAGGAUUCAUUUUCUGAUGUUGACAAUGGUAAUUUCCAUGACGUUGAAGUGUUAAUGGGAGAAGUCAAAGACGAAGGUUCCCUAUUUGUAGCCGCUCUCAACCCAGAAUUACUGAUUCACAAUGUACCAGUUUUCACAAAAGAUGAUGCAAAGAGCAUUUUGGGUACAUGUUACGAACUGAGUGGAGAAUAUCUAGAUGCUAUUGCUGAUCACUUUUUUGGUAAAUUAGCCGACGAUGAUUAUUCUGGUAUUCUGAAACAGACAAUUAAAGGUAUAGGAGACGUGGUAUUCACGUGUCCUAUAUUUCACUUGGCCGAAAAGCUUGCUGAAUACAAUCGAACAGUAUACCAUUACACAUUCAAUCACACUCGAAUCAAAUCCAUAUUCAAGAAAUGGAUGGGUGUACCCCAUUUCGAAGAUGUACACUUCGUAUUUGGAAGACCUUUGAUCAAAAGGAAGUCUUUCACACCAGAAGAAGCGGAAUUCAGCAGGAUGAUUAUUGAAUUAUGGACCUCUUUUGCCAAAACUGGGAAACCUUCUUACAAUGGAAUGGAACAAGAAUGGAUACCAUUUGACAAAGAAAAUCGCAAUUCUUUGUCACUUACUCUUGGUAACAUCCAUCCAGUAAAGGCUGAAGAAGUUGAAAGAUGUACCCAUUGGAAGAAUUUCAUGAAAGAAUACUCUGAUAAUAUGUUUAAGAGUUAAUUACCUUUUGAAAUUUCCUACCUGAUACUAAUUUAACUUAAUAUAAAGCAUUUUAAAGUAUACUUGUAAUACGAUUCAGAACAUUGCUCGCCAGUUACCAAUUGUAUAAUUAUGAAAGAAGUUUUCUUCAAUAUACAAUGUUAUACGUGUAGAUUAUACCCUCGGUUAAUCAUCUUGUAGCUUUAGUUUAAAGUCCUUUAUCA